GGAAGUUAUUUCCACGUGGAAGGUCGGCGGAUUUGCUCCUCAAGCUCCCAAGUUUUUCUAUUCUAUACAAUUUCAUCGCACAAAUUUUGAUUACUUCGAUCGUUAUUUGCGGUUUUUCAUCUCAAGAAGAAAAUGGGAGCUGCUAAUCUCCCGUGUUUUUCAUCGCUAUUUGGAGUUUUUCCACUUCAAAACAAUGCUCCCAACAAACUUUUACCAUUUUCUUCAACUCUUUCAAAACCCCUUUACCGAUUCAACAGGAUUUGCUGCGGAGUGCCUGAGAGUGGAAUUCAGCAAAACCCCUCAACUUCCAGACCUUCCUCUUCCAAGAACAGGAUGGACGAGUACAAUUUAGCUAUGAAGAAGAUGAUGAGGAACCCCUAUGAGUAUCACCAUGAACUGGGUAUGAACUAUACCGUGAUAGCUGACAAUUUGAUUGUCGGGUCCCAGCCUCAAAAACCUGAAGAUAUCAAUUUCUUGAAAGAGGAAGAAGGUGUUGCCUAUAUUCUGAAUUUACAGCAGGACAAGGAUGUUGAGUACUGGGGAAUCAACUUACAAUCGAUUAUAGAAAGAUGUAAAGAACUUGGAAUUCGUCAUAUGAGGCAACCGGCAAAAGAUUUCGAUCCUGAUUCCCUGAGAACUGGAUUGCCUAAAGCUGUUUCCUUGUUAGAAUGGGCAAUUUCAAAGGGCAAAGGAAAAGUAUAUGUGCAUUGCACUGCUGGACUUGGAAGAGCCCCGGCCGUUGCAAUAGCCUACUUGUAUUGGUUUUGCGGAAUGAAUUUAAAUACAGCAUAUGAAGCACUGACCUCUAAAAGACCUUGUGGACCAAGUAAAAGAGCGAUCCGUGGAGCGACAUACGAUCUAUCUAAAAAUGAUCCAUGGAAGGAACCAUUUGAGAGCCUUCCAGAUAAUGCAUUUGAGGAUAUUGCAGAUUGGGAAAGAAACUUGAUUUGGGAUCGGGAGCGUGUCAAUGCGUGCAGGUUCAAUGUCCUUCCACUUUUACAAGGAUGAUGGACUGGAGAACAUAGAAUGUGGUAGUUUUGCUUGCUGUUACUGUCAUAGGCUAUGGAGAAUAAGAGUUGGGACAAAUACAUGUAGCAAUAGAGGUGAACUAAUCUCAAUUGGUAAAUUUGAAGCCAGAUGUAUAGAAAACACUAUAUUGAAUCAAAGUAAUAAAUAUUUGCUGUAGUGUUGCACUUGAUCUGUGCGCAGAAAUUUAGUUUCCUAAUCUUGAUAUUGUUUUCAGGCCAGGAAAAGGAAUUCUCAUUUGUCUAAGAAUAACCGUGCUGUCACCUCAGAUCAUUGCAAUUUUGUUUUUGUGUUUGACAUGAGAACUGUAAACUAAUUGUGCUACCUUCAAUGGAUUAAUAAAUCUCUCAUAAAUUUUGAUCCUUCAA